GAUGAUGAUGAUGAUGAUGAUGAUGAUGACGAACACACAGACAGAAAAACACACACACCCAUCCCCCACCCUAACCUGGUAGUUGGGGGAAUAUUUCGAAGGGGUGGUCUUGAGAUGCAAUGUUUUGAGCGGGGAGAGAGAAACGCUGUUGCCGCAACCAUUCUUCCUCCCCUCCGGUUCCCACCGCUCUUUCCCUCGCUCCCGUCAAAGUCCACCCAUCGAAGGCGUGGAGAACCUCUCGUGCGUCGCACACCGAGACCGUGCCUGUUGGAGACGCGCUGCAUCCGCUCCACGGGAAGAUGGAGAAACGGCAAGCAGAGUUAUCCCCAUGUAGAGAACGAGAAACCAAGGAAAGCUGUCAUUUAUGAUGCAAACAGUGCUUUUCCGUCGAUAGGAAACUUAUUUUAGCGAAAGGCUCUGAUCUGCUGAAGGAACAUGGAUGUAUCUGGGGGCCAGAAGCCGUAUGGAGGAUCUAAGAAGCGGGUAAAGAUUCACCCCAAUUCGGUCACAGUGAAAUACGCCACCCACUUCCCCCAGCCUGGAGACGAGGGUUACGACGAUGCUCCGUCCUUUGAGGACUUUGGUUCGUUUGCAGAGGCCAGCCCUGCUAAGAGACUGGUGACGGACAGUAGUAGGAUGACUUUCUUUGGCACCAUAGAUACCCCCAGGCCGCUAGGCGGGAAGGGGCCAGUAGGUGGAGGUGUGGAGCCCCAGAGCCGGGACAAGGGUGUCGGGGGGCAGCUGGCUAGCUUCGGCGAGGCCAACGUCCUGGCGUCCCGGGUCACCUGGAUGGCGUUGUUCGGGGCAGCGGUGGCUCACGGCUGCGUGGCUCUGAUCACACGGCUGGCGGCGGACCGCUCCAAAGUGCCGUCCCUGGAGCUGAUCUUCAUCCGGUCUGUGAUCCAGGUUCUGUCCAUCACAGUGGUGUUUUAUAACCAGGAGGAACCCUUCGGACCCAAGGGGUACCGCCUCCGGCUCUUCUUCUAUGGUGUCUGCAACGUCAUCUCCAUCACCUGCGCCUACACCGCCUUCGCCAUCGUGCCGCCUAGCAACGGCACCAUCAUGUGGCGCGCAACCACCACGGUGUUCAGCGGCGUGAUGGCCUUCCUGUUGUUAGAUGAGAGGCUGGGCUACACGGACGUAGUGACGGUGGUGGGCAGCGUGUUCGGCCUGUGUCUCGUCAUGAUCCCCAACGUGGCCGACGAGGACAAGUCCCGCCUCACCUUCUGGAAGGAGGCGUUCGGCUACACCAUGACGGUGAUGGCCGGCCUCACCGGAGCCCUGUCCAUGAUCGUCUACCGGGCCAUCAAGGAGCGCGUCAGCAUGUGGACAGCCCUGUUCACGUUCGGCUGGACGGGCACGGUGUGGGGCGCCUCCACCAUGUUCGUUAUGCAGGAGCCGAUCAUUCCCCUGGAUGGGGAGACGUGGGGCUACCUCACGGGGAUCUGUAUCUGUUCCACCGUGGCGUUCCUGGGGGUCUACUACGCCCUCAACAAGUUCCACGCCGCCCUGGUGAGCACGGUGCAGCACCUGGAGAUAGUGGUGGCCAUGUUGCUUCAGCUCAUGGUGCUGCGCAUGGUCCCCUCCGUCUACGACGUCAUCGGGGGGCUGGUCAUCAUGGCCAGUGUGUUUACUCUAACGGGAGUGAAGCUGUACAGGGUCAGCCGGGCUGUACGGCAGGACUACCAGGAGAUACUGAACUCACCCAUCAAAUAGAGCCUGGACUCUCUCUCUCUCUCUCUCUCUCUCUCUCUCUCUCUCUCUCUCUCUCUCUCUCUCUCUCUCUCUCUCUCUCUCUCUCU